CUGCCCAACUGCUGAGGUACACAUCCAAGCUGUGUUAUUCACCAGCUCAGAGCAGUGCUACAUUGACAAAGCUGAUCAAGAAACACAAAAUUCUAGAUGAUCCGCCCAGGGAUCUGGUGAAGAAUGGAGUGGUAUGUCCUGGUGCUGAUGCUGAGCUUGCCGUCCUCCAUCCACACAGAUUGCUCGUCCCAGUGUCAGAAAUGCGCGCAGCAGAUGCUCGGCGCCGACGCUGCUCUGAGCAGCCUGCCUUGCGGUGCGGAGUGUGAGGAUGAGAUGCGGAGAUGUGGCCAGGCUGCGCGGCUAGCGGAGCUCAGCCAGGACGAGGCGGCGGAGGAGGAGGAGAGCCAGCGCGCCAACCCCAGCAAACGGUACGGCGGCUUCAUUAAGCGGAUCGACAAAAACAAGAACAAAAUUGUCACCUUCCCGUGGCGUGAAAAUUUCAUUCUGAAAGCUGCGGCGCUGCCCAAGACUUACGAGGACUUGUUGAGGAAGCUGGAGGAGAGAGACGUGUCGGCGGAAGACGCUCCUGAGAAGGUCUACAAUAAUGUCAAACGGUACGGCGGCUUUUUACGUAAAUUUGGCCCCAAGUCUAAGAGGAGUAAUUCUGUGGAGCAGGGCAGCCAGGAGCAGGAGGCGCUGCAGAAGCGCUACGGAGGCUUCAUGAGGAGGAUCCGACCAAAGUUGAACAACCUCAAGUGGGAAAACCAGAAGAGAUACGGAGGCUUUCUGCGUCGCCACUUUAAAAUCUCCGUGCGAUCAGAUGAGGAGCCUAAUUCUUACGACGAUUUUGUCCUAUAGAUGAAAACUGAUCACACCUGAAAAGAACUUGUGCAUAUUCAGUUUAAUUGCCACCAUUUAUCCACAUCCAGUAAUAUAAUAUGCCUGCCUUCUCUUGCUUACUUGGUUGCAGUUGGAUGCGGCACAUAGCCUGUGUGUAAGUCCUGUUAAAAAGCCUUCUCUGUAACGACCAGCGUAUGUGUUAUUGGCGAACCAUUGUUUAUCGUACAAUAAAUGAUGCUUGUUUAUUAAAACCAUGAAUAAAAACAUCUCCCCAUA